UUUUCUUCUUCCAUAAAUUCUUAGAAGAAAAUGGCUGAAAGAAAUCAUUCCACAGUCAUUCAGUUCAUUCUCAUUGGACUAAUAGAGAAGACAGAGCUGCAGCUGCCCCUGUUCCUCAUCUUUCUAGGAAUCUAUGUGGCUACAGCUCUGGGAAACCUGAGCAUGGUCAUCUUGAUUCUAUUUAGUCCUCAGUUGCACACACGCAUGUACUACUUCCUUACCAGUGUAUCUUUCAUUGACUUCUGUCAGUCUACUGUCAUUACCCCCAAAAUGUUGGUGAGCCUGAUAAUAAAGUAUGUCAUCUCCUACCCAGAAUGCAUAGCUCAGUUCUACUUCUUCUGUACUUUUGCUGUUGCAGAAUGUCACAUGUUGGCUGCAAUGGCUUACGACCGCUAUGCUGCCAUCUGUAACCCAUUGAUUUACAAUGUUACUAUGUCCUCUCAAGUCUGUUCCUGGUUGGUAACUGGUGUGUAUGGUAUGGGCUUAAUUAGUUCUACAGCUCACACAGUCUUCCUGCUAAGAGUGCAGUUCUGUAAGGCUGAUAUAUUAAACCAUUACUUCUGUGAUCUUUUUCCAUUACUGGAGCUUUCCUGCUCUCGUACCUUUAUCAAUGAGGUACUUGCCCUCAGUUUCAGUGCAUUUAACAUCAUUGUCCCUGCUCUGAUUAUCCUUAGCUCUUACAUCUUCAUCAUUGUCAGCAUCCUCCCCAUUUGCUCCACUAAAGGCAGGUCCAAAGCCUUCAGUACCUGCAGCUCUCAUAUCUCUGCUGUUGCUGUCUUCUAUGGUUCAACAGCAUUCAUGUACCUCCAGCCUUCGUCAGCCAGCUCCAUAGACCAAGGGAAAGUAUCUUCUGUGUUUUACACCGUUGUUGUGCCCAUGCUUAAUCCACUAAUAUACAGUUUGAGAAACAAAGAUGUCAAACUUGCCUUGAAGAAGUUGCUGGGAAAGAAAAAUUAUCUUUAG